AUGACCUUCCCUGCGGUGGGAUAUACAUACGAGAAAAAUCCCGAAAUACACAACGAUUUCCAUAGGGUAGAACUUCAGACAGCACUUAUGGGCGCUGGACGUGUGUUUGGCGCCUUUAUUGACAUCGAGGGAGUUGAACGCCUAGCUGGGAUUGCUAUCUGGUAUGGACCAGGAAAGCAAUUUCUUGACGAAAAUGACCCUGAGCAACUGGUAUAUUGGACACAUUUUUCGAAUAAACUGGAUCCGAAACCCGUCAGUGGUGGAAGGAAGUGUCAACUCACCUUGGACGGGCUUGGUGAAGGGGUUAAGAAAGGGCUGUUUCACUUGCAAGUACUCGGAGUUCACCCUAAUUUCCACAGAAGGGGAGUGGGAAGGGCUCUAAUUGAUUAUAUGCUGCCUCAAAUCGACGCGCAGGGAAUUGCGUCUUGUGUGGAAACCGCCAAUGAAGCCAAUAUGUUGUUUUAUGGCAGCUUCGGGUUUCAGGUCAAAUCAAAGAAGGAGUUUCCCUCCACGCAUGGCGACUUCGUUAUGUGGUGCCUGAGGAGAGAACCCAAUGCCGGAAAGGAGUUACCAUCUAAUUAA